AUGACGAGUAAUAACCAGCCCAACCAUGACGACAACGCUUCUGAAGAGAGUACUACAGCGGCUAAAAAGGUAGCAGGUCAAGUAAGAAAGAGUGCUGAUACAAACUUUCAUGUCGGCGAGAGCAGCAAAAGCCAAAAGAGGAAGACGAGGAAGAGGGGGAGGAAGAAGAAGAAGAAGGAGAACGACGAUGUUUUGGAUGAAAUGACGAAUAAGUUGCUACGCACCGACGGGGAAAAUAGCAGGAAAGAUGCGAACAAGAAGAAGCAGAAGCAGACGGUGGAAACGAGCAGGAAAGGAAAAGAGAAGGUUGUUUACGAUGAUUUUGAUUCGGAUUUUGAUUCUGAUGAGGAUCCAAAUGAUGACACGUGUCUUCUCUAUGAAGGAAACCAAGAUGAUACCCUAUCCCAACUGAGUGCAAGUGAUAAAGCCAAAGACUUUUAUGAUAUGGGGUUAUAUCGUCGAUCAACCGGUCGCAAAUCCAAUCUUAAAUCUGAGCUUGAUCGUUAUUUGAAUGAAGACUGUGAGCCAGAUGAUAAGCCUUUGGAUAUUCUAGGAUGA